UUUCUCAGUUCCCCGGCCAUAUUCUCCACACGGCUUCUUCUGAAACAUGGCUGAUUACACGAAUGUGGCGCCGCCGUCUGCGAACGCUGGCGGAGGAAUGAACGACGCUUUUAAAGAUGCACUACAACGGGCGAGACAGAUCGCAGCUAAAAUUGGAGGUGAUGGAGUUAAUCCGCCUCCUGUUGCUAAUGAGUUUGCAUAUGGAGGACAGAAAAGGCCUUUGGAGGACGGGGAUCAGCCAGAAACAAAGAAAGUUGCAAGUGACCCUUUUGCUGCAAUGGGUGGAAUGGCUGGUCUUCCAAGGCCUACAUCAGAAGAGUUCAAGGUUCCAGAUGGCAUGGUUGGCUUCAUUAUCGGAAGAGGAGGAGAGCAAAUUUCAAGGAUACAGCAGGAAUCGGGAUGCAAGAUACAGAUUGCUCCAGAUAGCGGCGGCAUGCCUGACCGCUCUGUGACAUUAACAGGCUCUCCAGAUUCCAUCCUGACUGCGAAGAGGUUACUGACCGAGAUUGUGGAAAAGGGCAGACCAACUCCGUUUCAUCACAACGAUGGACCUGGAAUGUCCGUUCAAGAAAUUAUGAUCCCGGCGUCCAAGGCAGGCCUCGUCAUCGGAAAGGGAGGGGAGACGAUCAAACAGUUACAGGAGCGAGCCGGAGUCAAGAUGGUAAUGAUUCAGGACGGGCCUCAGAACACCGGGGCGGACAAACCGCUGAGGAUUUCUGGAGAUCCUUUUAAAGUUCAGCAAGCGAAAGACAUGGUGAUGGACCUGAUCAGAGAUCAGGGUUUCCGAGAGCAGAGGGGUGAAUACGGGUCACGGAUGGGUGGCGGAGAAGGUUUGGAUGUAAGUCGUGAUGGUAAAGGGCUGAUAUUUUUCUUUGCGGUUCCGGUCCUGUGUCUCGUUAUUGAAAGUUUGCGGUUCUUUCAGGUUCCAGUGCCGCGCUUCGCAGUCGGGAUUGUGAUCGGCAGGAACGGCGAAAUGAUCAAGAAGAUUCAGAACGACACGGGUGUGAAGAUUCAGUUCAAACCAGAUGAUGGCACCACACCAGACAGGAUCGCUCAGAUCAUGGGGCCCCCUGAUCGGGCGCAGCAUGCAGCCAGCAUCAUCACAGACCUGUUGCGCAGCGUGCAAGCUGGCGGUCCACCAGGCCCUGGGGGCAGGGGCAGAGGUCGUGGCCACGGUAACUGGAACAUGGGGCCACCAGGGGGCCUACAGGAGUUCUCCUUCACUGUUCCCACUGUUAAGACCGGCCUUAUUAUCGGCAAAGGAGGCGAGACGAUUAAAAGUAUAAGCCAGCAGUCCGGAGCAAGACUAGAGUUGCAGAGGAACCCUCCUCCUAACGCCGACCCGAAUAUAAAGAUGUUCACAGUGCGUGGGACGCCACAGCAGAUCGACUACGCCAGACAGCUCGUUGAAGAAAAGAUCGGGGGUCCUGUCAGUCCUAUGGGUGGACCUCAUGGACCACCAGGGCCACACGGAGGCCCCGCACCACAUGGUCCCCCAGGCCCACCUGGACCUCCUGCACCUAUGGGUCCUUACAAUCCUGGGCCUUACAACCAGGGACCUCCAGGACCACAUGGUCCUCCAGGGCCGUACCAACCUCAGGGCUGGGGUAACGGCUACCCUCACUGGCAGCAGAACCAGCCUGACCCCAAUAAAGCAGCAGCAGAUGCUAAUGCAGCAGCGUGGGCUGCCUAUUACGCUCAGUACCAGCAGCAGCCUCAGGCUCCCAUGACGCCCACUACCGCUGCCGCCCCGGGCACCGCUCCAGCCAACGGUCAAGGUGACCCGCAGGCUCCAGGUCAGAGCGGACAGGCAGAUUACACCAAGGCCUGGGAAGAAUAUUACAAGAAAAUGGGUCAACAAGGUCAACAGCCGCAGGAUUACACUAAAGCGUGGGAGGAGUACUAUAAGAAACAAGGUCAGGCAGCGCCUCAGGCAGCCGGGGCGAGCUCCUCUCAGCCCGGAGGCCAGCCAGAUUACAGUGCCGCGUGGGCUGAGUAUUACCGCCAACAAGCGGCCUACUACGGCCAGGGCGCUUCUCAGCCCAUGGGAGCAGCACCGCCGGCCCAGCAGGGCCAGUAAUGUGAAGCGGACAUAAAGUAAAUGCUACCUUGUCGAAAAAAUCCUUUGUUAAAUGUUUGGAUGCAGACGCCUCUUGAUGAAGAUUCGUAAUUUCCUUGGUUUGCGUUUAAACUAGAUUGCAAAAUGGCUCCGGAUUGAGAAUUCUCUUCUUUUGUUUGUUGUUUUUUUUUUUUUUGCUUAUUUGUUUUUGUAACUUUUUUUCCUCUCUUGUAUCAAAUGAAACUGUUUUUAGUGCGGUUAUUAUUGCUCAUUCCAGCUCUUUGUAUCUCAUGUAGUUCAGAACUCAUGUCUAUACAAAUACUCUAGUUCUCUCUCUCUCUCUCUCUCUCUCUCUCUCUCUCUCUCUCUCUCUCUCUCCGCUUUUCCAUGUAAAUGCUCAGUUUUAAAAAUGCCUGUUGUUUUUUGCAAUAAAACAUAAUGAAACCUCCUGUGUUGGUAAGUGGGCCGGUAAAAAGUGGGGAAGGUGUUUUUUUUUUUUUUUUUUUUUUUUUUUUGUGUGUAUAUACUUUUUUUGGGGGAUGGGAUGGGUGGGUGCCGUUGGACACAAUCCAGACUCGGUGUCUGUCUAAAAUGACGCUCUUUGUUUCUCUCCAACUGUUAUGCAGCAGCAUUAUUAUUAUUAUUAUUAUUAUUAUUAUUAUUAUUAUUUGCUAUUUCCUGGUAUUUUAGCUGUGACCUGAAAUGAUCUAGUCUGGUUUAUUGGCAGUAGGAGUAGACAGUUGUAUCUAAGGAAAGGUGGUGUGAGGUAUGCGACCCAUGCUAUGACUACUACUUCUUGUAUGACGCAUAAUGUGAGAAACUUUCCCCCUCACAGGCCAGUUUAGAACAGCGGUAAGCAAAUAUGUCAUAAAGCAAUGUGAUAUGACCUGCAAGCUGCUUUUUUUUUUUUUUUUUGUCAGUAUGCUGUUUUUCCUCCCAGGCCAGAUGAGGUGUCUUGUAUUAUGACCAUGUAUUAUACAGUUGUGCCCCUUUUGUCAGUUCUUAAAUGCAUAUUUUUCUGGCAAGUGUCAUGAUUUAGAAAAAGAAAAACAAAGAACCCACCCCGAUGUGGCCAUUUUUUUUUGCCCACCCUGUUUGGCAUAGACUUGUAGGUGUGUUUUUAGGGCUGAGGAGGCUAUGCUGUUUCCACACCAGUGAAAUGAGCCUUCCGUAAGUACACAAAAAAUAACGCCAGCCCCAGUUUCUGCUCUGUCAAUGCUUUGUCUUUGACCAAGUGUAGUGCACAAAGUUGAAUUGUCUACCCUGAAAUUGAAUUGGACUGUUUUUGGGGUAAGUAUCUCUCUGGGCUGCAGUUUGCUUUUUGAUUGACCGUGUACGAAAUGCUGAAGUCUCUCUUGAGCCUGUGAUGUCUUACCCUGUAGACUGUUUUAAGAUUUGUCUAGCAACAUUUCAACUGUAUUAAUCCUUAAAAUAUGCGCUUUUUUUUUUUUGUAUUUGAAACUGAAUUGUGAAGUUUGACAUUGUGUAGUCAGGGGCUAUCCAGUUUUACAAAUCAGGGGUGAACAAAUCAUAAAUCUGUUCUAAUCUAGCCCACCGGGAAGCGAAAAGUCGAGUUUGGUGACGUUUCUGGCGUAGUAUACGAGUCUGGCUAGCGUUUCUGUUCUCGACAUGUUUAACGGCGAGGUCUGAGAACCAUUUUCCUCCCAUGAUGCAUGUCGUGUAGCAGAAGGGAAUAGGAUUCAUGAACCGCGCUGCCGCUACAAAUCAAAUGAACCUUUUUUUUGGGGGGGGACGAAAGUCAGUAAAGGAGUGUAGGGUUUGUUUUUGUUCUCUAACUGAUCCUACAGCUGAUUUUUUUUUUUUUUUAAAUAAAUAUAAACUCCAAAUUGGCUUGUCCUGAGAGCUCGGGUUACUGAUUUGUCCAUCCCUGAGAAUGAGAAAUGGUUCAUCUAGCUUCUUUAAAAUGCCACUGUAUUAUCGUUGUUGGUUUUUUUUUGGUUUUUUUUUGCCAUUUGCAUUCUGUUUGAACAAGUUACUGCACCACUUAACAUUGAGGCAAGUGAUUCGCAAAUGCAAAAUGUCUUGUUCGGAUGUUGGCAGACUUUGUUACCAUUUUCCAGGCUGUCCAAUUCUUUGCCUGUGACUCCUCCUUCUCCUCCUCCUCCUCCGUUUCUUUGCGAUUUCUCUCGAAAUAUAUCAAAUAACCCAAUGUUGAUUGGCGGCACGAUGCGCAUCAGCGUCGUCCCCACACCUUAGGUUCUGCUGCGAUAACACAGGUAAGCUUAACCUAAGACACAAAAUUUGUUUGACCUGUGACUCAGUCUUGAUGUGAAUCCGAAAUUUUCUGCUGCAUUUUCGUUAAGGAAUUUCUCAAAAUGUUGAAGGCCCGAUGUAUUAAUUGCUUUGUCGUUGGCAAUGUGAUGUGUAAUAUAUAUAUAUAUAUUUUCCCCCCCUCUUAAAUAGCAUACAUAAAUAUCCAAAAUGCAUUUAGGAUUUCUGUACAUGAUUGAAAUGCUGUUUCCUCUCUGAUCAAUGCAUAUAUCCAUACUAUUAGUGUGCUAGUCACUGUUUUUCGAGCAAUCGAUGGCACUGUAGACUGUGUUCCCUGUCUUUACCAAUGCUGCAUGCACUUGGCUUUAAAAAGAAGUAAUUUUUUCAUCAAAAAGAUCUGUUAUGGCAAUUCUAAUCUCUCCACUGCUGAAGUGUACUCGUGUAUGUAUGCUGACAUGGUUUAAACCCUGUGUUAUUGUGGCGCUAAUACAAAAUGCUGCCUUCAUUCUCGCUCACAGUGUUGGAGACGCUGCAGGCGUAGUUCGUAGAAUCAGGUCCUCAGCUAGGGUUGUCCCUAAGGAGGAGUCCUUUGACUGUGUCCCUCUGCUGAACAUAGACCGUUCAAGGGCUCCAGUUAUAAGGUAAAGAAAAACUAAUACCAUGAGGAAAUUUGUGAUUUUUUUCAAAAGUGACAUGUGACCGUUUAGGGCAAAUGUUGAUGCUUAUGUCGAUUAAUUUUUUGCUAGCGUUUUCAUAUUGCUGAUGAAAACUGUUCCAUGAUGAUUUUUUCCGUGCACACUCUUGCUGAUUUAUGGCCAGGGAUUGAAAAAUGUGCAUCAAAUGCCAGAUUAGAUGGCUCAUAAACCAGGAAUAUAUUUUUAUGUAUAUUUACUUUUUGCAUAGCAUACUUUCUUGCUCUAGGCAGUUAAUUGGAGAGUGUUAUUUUGUUGCCCGUUGCUGCAUAUGUUGUGGUAUGCAUGCAAUAUGCUGUGUCCUUCUGAGCAAACUGUCCACAACAGAAUUUGUAGAAAAGAAGACAUAAUCGGAGGCUAUCUGAGAGAAAUGGGGAGCGUGGCCGGGAGGUAAACACAAAUGGUUUCAUGUCAUGUACUGUUGAAAAUAUGGAAUGUAUAUCUUUUUACGUUUAGGGCUUUUUUUUCUUUUUCUUUUAUUUUUUUUUAUUUUAUUUUUUUUUUGUUUGUUUGGCUUGUUUUUCUUUCCCCAGAGAAUUGUUGGUUUUGACUGUUUCGCAUUGUUGACCUGUCGUUCAAUAAAAUUGUAAUGAUUGGAAAGCUU